UCUUCUGGCUCUUUUUGUUUUGAGCUUUUUCCUAGUCGCCGAAAAACCGAACCACAUUUCUCUGGGGUGAAAAAAAAAAGAAAAAAGAAAAAUGGCAAUCUCCAACCUUCUCUCCCCUAUAUCCCCUCUGGGCCUCUCAAACAAACACCUUCAAGCACCCUUUCUAUUUUCAGCCAGGUACCAAUCUUUUCUGGGUAUCAACACUCUAGCAAAGGAAUCAAGAACCCCAGUCACACAGAGAAGAAAUUUCAUUCCACGGUCCAAGGGAAGCAACUCAGCUGAUGCCCCAGAUCGAUUAAUCUCAGCAGUCUGUUACUUUUACCCUUUCUUUGAUGGUAUACAAUAUGGUAAGUAUGUUAUAACCCAGUUCACUCCAAUUCAAACUCUCAUACAGCCUUUGGUACCUGCUAUAAAGGUGUUCAAGAGCUUCCCUUUUAAUGGGUUUUUGGUGUUUUUAACCCUGUACUUUGUUGUUGUUAGAAAUCCCAAUUUUAGUAAAUAUGUAAGGUUCAAUACAAUGCAAGCUAUUGUUCUUGAUGUGCUUUUGAUUUUUCCUGACCUUCUGGAGAGAACCUUCAAUCCAAGAGACGGGUUGGGGUUGGAUUUGAUGAUGAGCUUGGAUAGCACUGUGUUUUUGUUCCUCCUUGUGUGUUUGAUUUAUGGGUCCUCUUCUUGCUUACUCGGCCAGGUUCCCAGGUUGCCAAUUGUUGCUGAAGCUGCUGAUAGGCAAGUUCUUUGAUCCAUAUAUUUGGUUUCUUUUCUGCUGUUUUUUUUGGUAGCCAAAUGUAAUUUGUUAAGAAGGGAACUUUAAUACAAAGUUGACAUUUUCCAGUUAUUUAUCGAAAUGGGAAGGGGUUUUAUGUGAA